AUGUCUGUCUCCACCAAUUCCGAGAUCUCGGAUGCGGCGGAAUGGCUGGAUGUAGAGCCCGAUGAGGAGCAAAUCGUCUUUGCUUCACUAUUCGACACAGAGACCUUCUCUAGCAUCCAGGAUCUUCUCAAUCACUGCAAGACUCAUCACGCGUUCGAUCUGGUCGCUACCGUGAAUCGCCUCGGACUUGAGUUCCACGAUGUCAUUAAGCUGAUAAAUUUUAUCAGAGAUUGUACGAAGGAGGCGAAGAAUCUGCCCCCCAAUAUUUCGGCCGGAGACUUCGCCGACGACAAGUACCUCAAACCAGUACUUGAAAACGACGCCUUGCUAUUUUCAUUGGACGAAGUUUUAAGCGAAGUCACCGAGGGCUCAGAACACGCCCAAUCCCGACAAAAACUAUCCUGUGAAUCCAGAAAGAAAGAGCUUGAGGCUGAACUAGCCGCAGUCAAGGAACAAUUUGCGAGUUACCGACUAGCUGUAGAGGAGACACUGGACAAGCGCUGGGGCGACGAAACCGAGGCUGGAAAUCGAGUAUGCGAAAAGAAGAAGGACUCCUCAGACUACUACUUUGAGUCGUAUGCCUACAAUGACAUUCACGAGACUAUGCUCAAGGACGAGGUCCGCACUGACGCAUACCGUGAUUUUAUCUACGAGAACAAGCAAUUGUUCGAAGGAAAGAUAGUUCUUGAUAUUGGAUGUGGUACUGGUAUCUUGAGCAUGUUCUGUGCCAAGGCCGGUGCUACGCAGGUAAUCGCCGUCGAUAAGUCGGACAUCAUCGAUAAGGCCCGGGAGAAUGUAUUUAAUAAUGGGCUAUCAAGCACUAUUACUUGUCUCCGCGGUGCUAUUGAAGACGUCAAGCUCCCCGUUGAUCAGGUCGACAUUAUCGUCAAAGGCCUCCUUGUGCCCAGCUCUGCUACCAUUUGGGUGGCUCCCGUCCAAGACUCAGAAUAUGUCACAGACACAGUGUCAUUUUGGCGAGAUGUCUAUGGGUUUGACAUGAAGGCCAUGCAAGAGUGUAUCUAUGACGAGGCCAAGAUUCUGACAAUGCCCCCUUCCGCAGUCUGCGGAGAGCCAUAUCCAUUCAAGGUUCUCGAUCUUCACACCGUGAAGCCAGAGGACUUGUUUUUCACUGCGAGUUGGGAAUCUCAAAUAACGCGCGACAUUGAUUCACUGGAUGGGUUUCUAGUUUGGUUCGACAAUUUCUUCGCGAACUCUCGGACUGAUAAGCUACCAGCCCCUGUAACAACACCCGAAAAUUUUGUGAAGCAAAAGUCUGGCUACGUAGCUUUCACUACUGGGCCCUUCGGAAAGGAAACGCAUUGGAGGCAGGGGCUUCUGCUCCAACCCCCAACACAGCUGAAAGCCUCGAAGCCAAAACUUGCUGGUCGAAUCGUGUUCUCUGCCUUGGAAGAAAAUGCUAGAGCUCUUGAUAUCCAGCUGACAUGGACCGAAGAGGGCCAGCAGGAGAAGGCUCGAGUUUGGAAGUUGAAAUGA